AUGCCGAGCAAAGGCAAGCGCACUGCUGUGCAAGCCUUCGGCAAACGCAACGCGACAUUGGCGGCCAACGCGCGAGCGAAGAAGAGUCGAGUCGAUGAGGUACUGCGACCUUCGAAGGGCGAAUCUUCCUCAGCCGCACAAAAGUCCGUGUUCACAUCGACCAAAAAUGCAUCAACACCUGUCACCCAGUCUCAAGUCAAGAAGCGGCCCGCCAAGUCGAACGAGAAGCCUAAAGCAGAGCCGAAAGAGCGCGUCCUUACUGCUGAGCAAUCCUCGAAGAAUCUUUCCCAUGUCCCAGGCCAGCCGAAAGAGACGGAACGAGCCUCAAAAUCGCAAAAACCGUCCGUAGCUGAGCAAGAACAACCGACCAAGAAAGCAGCACUCGUGACCGACAAAGGAAAAGCCAAGGACCAGACAUCCAAAUUAGAUGAGGAAUUGAAUGACAAGUCUACAACACUGUCAGAAGAGCCUGCUCCUAGCGAACAAGUCACCAUCAAGAAGAAGCGCUCUCGAUCUAGACGGAAGGAGCAAGCCUCUCUUACGAAGAUUGGAGCUUGUGUCGAAGUAGGAUUGCCGAGGACUACGAUAGAUUCUGGAGUCCGGAAAGAGCCUACUCCUAUCAAGCAGAGCCGCCCGCAGAAAAGUAGCAAGGAGUCAGGUUAUCAAAAGAGAGAAUCCAAGAACGAGAAUUUUCGAAAUCCGAAGGAUGGUCCUGGUUGGAUUAUAUCUGAACCAUCUGGUGGCGCCUUCAUUGCCCACGACCCUAUCGUGACACCAGAUGAGCAAUUUGUCAUUCUUGCAACCAAAUGGGAGAUCCAGGUCUACGCCACAAAGACAUCCCUCCUUGUUCGGACAAUUCCUGCUGCAUCAGGAUCGGAAAUUGUCGUCUAUGCUCAAGUAGGGGAAUGUGUCAUCGUUGGACUUGCCGAUGGCGGUGUGGUCAAGUACAACUGGACAAAUGGCCAGCAAAAAUGGGCUAGAAAUUCUGUUGGUCGCGUAACCUCAAUCGUUUCGACCUCCUCCACUGCCAACAACGAUGGCUUGUUGGUGAUCAACCAAAUGGCUGAAGGACACAGCAAGAUGACUAGCUUGGCUAUUGGAAAGAAGGGAGAGUUGCUCGGGAACAAAAAGAUGCUGAAACACGAACACCUUAUUUUACAGCGCAUAUGCUUCGAUGCUGCUCUGGGCAUAGUUGUCGUCUGUUCGAGAACUACCAUCCAUGUUGGGCGCUUGGGUGAAGCGAGACAGAACAAAGAUGCACCGAUACAUUGGCAAAGAAUCACAAUCAGAGACGGCAAGGUGGCAUGUUUCGAUGCGCAAAUUCUGCCUCAGCCAGAAGGUAGCAGAUCGGAGCAUGCUGUGGUUGAUGUUGCAGUCGGCCUCAACUCGGGCGAGAUUCAGAUCUUCAACGAUGUGCUCAACAAGGGCGAUUCCUACGGUAAAGAUGCGCAUGCUCGUCGACUACAUUGGCACAGGUCGACACCUCGCACAGUCAAGUUCUCACCUGACUCGAAUUAUCUGAUCUCUGGUGGCGACGAGACUGUCUUGGUUAUCUGGCAGCUCGAUACAAACCAGAAACAAUUCUUGCCUCAUCUAAGCACACCUAUUCUUAACGCGACCGUGUCUGAACGAGGAUCCUCCUAUGCUUUGCUAUUGGGCGACAAUUCAGUCAUGAUUCUUUCCACAUCUGACCUGAAGCCUUUUGCCAAUAUCAGCGGUCUAGCUUGUCACGACUCAUCAACGGCACCUUUCCUGACUGGCCUGCCUUUUCCAGCAGUAAUGCAUCCCAACCACUCCAAUCGUGUAUUGCUGGCAUAUUCGCUUCGCAACUCCGACUCGACCUUGGAGCCUUCUGAGAAGUCUUCCAAUAUGCUUCAGACCUACGAUGUGGCGGCACGUUUGCAACUGGGUCGGCAAGCACUUGCCCGUAACCUAGCAGCAACAGUCAAUCUUGGUCCAGGUGGUCAGCCAUUAAAAGAGCCCAAUGUCACACAUCUUCAGAUAACUCACGACGGAAAGUGGCUUGUGACUGUCGAUCAGUGGUCUCCUGCUGAUAUUGAUACUAACGACAUGUAUCUAAAGGAAGGUGAGCCUGCAAACCGUGAUCGACUGAAUGAAUGCUUCUUACGCUUCUGGUCUACCAAUGCAAGUGAGAAUUCUACUGAUGUCGAUGUCUGGGAGCUCAACACUCGAAUUGAUGAGCCUGUGACAAUAACUGAAUUUAUGGGAAGGAAAGGGAUACUAGCUGUCACCACCAAUCCUGCUCGGCUCCAGGUGGCUGUGGCAGAUUCAAGUAGACACAUCAAGGUCUACUCGCCAAAAGCACGUAUAAGAAGUGGUGUACCUGUCAAGGAUAUCAACGGUCAACAAUUGUUUACGUGGACAUGCGACAAGGACAUUCCCGUGCAGGAAGCAACGCAGUCUCUGAGUCCACUCUCAGCAAGUCUUGCCUUCUCGGAAGACGGAUCAGUUCUCGCUGCAUCUUGGACCACAGGUACCACUAAACCUCGAGUUCACAUGAUUGAGCCUAAGUCCGGCACUAUUGCUGCCUCCCUUCCACACAUGGUAUCCAACAGCAGUUCGUCUCUUGCAUUCUGUGGCAGAUACCUCCUGGCUCUGUCUGCAAAAUUCUGCAUUUUUGAUACAGUCACGAUGCGCCGAGUUCUAGGAGUCAGCCAGGCUGAAUUUUAUGACCCUAGUAGGUCAAGACUGGCAGUUGAUACUCGAAAUGGAAUCGCGGCAAUGAUCGCCAACGAGCGGGAUACAAGGACACCCAGUGAGAUCGUCCUGGUCAACGUUCACAAUGCCGGAGUUGGAAAACUGCAGAGACAGCUGCUCACAUCACAUAUUCAAGUUUUGCUUGCCGAUCGUGAGCAAGGAGGCUUUGUUGCAAUUGAUCGACAAGGUCGGACAUUGAGAAUAGCGCCGCCUAGUUCUUCGAACACUGCUCGAGUUGUUGAGAAAGAUGUUUUUGCAAAAGCCACAGUACGAAGUACACUAGAGAAUAUCUUCGGUUUAGGCCGGCAAGAGGUGGAGACUGGUGACAAGGACUUCGACGGUGAGGCAAGUACCUCUGUGAAUGAGGUGUUACGAGCUGAAUCUUCUGCUCAGACACCAGCACCCACUUUGCUGUUCGAUCGGAUGGCUAGAAUGAUUGGUAGUGCUGCUGCAAAAGUCGGCCUUGUAUGA